AGAAAGUUACCGAUUAUAUGCAUGUUCAGAUAGAACGUGGUUUUGAAGUGGUUCAAUAUGCAUGUUUUGUAAUAACAUACAGUGUGUUAGGUAAGAACGUAGAGUAGUUUACCGCUGCACAGAUUAACUUCUUUAGCUGUCAGUUUAAUAGACGAACAUUUUGUUUGUAUCGACACGGUAAACAUGAGUUGUGUUAGAUAUUUGAUGCACAGAAGGUUGUUUCGACACCCCAGUAAGUCCGUGUGUGAACAGAGAUUCCAUGGCUGGCUAAGAAACCAGAGCAGACUGAUCCGGACCUCCAGCAAAGCCAUGACCAUCAUGCCUGCUUGGGUUAUUGAUCAAUAUGGAAAUAAUGAUGUACUGCGUUUCACAAAUAACGCCAGCUUGCCCGUCAUCAACUACCCCAAUGAGGUGAUUGUAAAGGUGUUUGCAGCUGGACUGAACCCGCUUGACGUCAGCAUGAGAGGUGGCUAUGGCUCUGCUACAAUGGCUAUGAAAAGAGAUCCUCUGAAUAUCAAACAGACAGGCAGCGAGUUUCCUCUCAUUCUGGGAAGAGAUGUUUCUGGUGUCAUUAUGGAAUGUGGCCUGGAUGUGAAGUACUUCAGAGAGAGAGAUGAGGUAUGGGCGGCAAUCCCACCGUGGAAACAGGGCAGUUUAGCGGAGUUUGUGGUUCUUAAUGCGAAUGAGAUAUCCCGUAAACCAAAGUCAAUAAGUCACACACAGGCAGCAGCCAUCCCCUAUGUGGCGUCCACUGCCUGGUCUGCACUGGUGAACACAGGUGGACUCAGUAAAGACAACUGUGCCAAUAAACGGAUUUUGAUCCUUGGAGGAUCUGGAGGAGUUGGAACAUUUGCAAUCCAGGUGCUGAAGGCGUGGGGAGCUCACGUGACAGUUACCUGCUCCCACAAUGCCGAGCGGUUCGUAAAAGGACUCGGGGCCGAUCAUGUGGUCGACUAUACAGCUCGACCUGUUGAAGAGCCGCUAAGAGCGCUUGAGAAAUUUGACCUUGUCCUCGAUAACAUAGGGGGCGACACUGAGCGAUGGGCCCUGGGCCUGCUUAAACCGUGGACUGGAGCCAAAUACGUCACUCUUGUUACACCUUUUCUUCUGAACACAGACCGGCUGGGUGUAGCUGACGGCAUGCUGCAGACAGCUGCCACAAUCGCCACCAAAGCUAUCAAGCAUUUAGUCAAAGGAGUUCACUACCGCUGGGGUUUCUUUUCACCGAGCGGUCCAGCUCUGGAUGAGAUAGGAGAAAUGGUGGACGCAGGACAGAUCCGGGCCGUGGUGGAGGAGACGUUCGGCUUCUCCCAGGUCCCUCAGGCCUUCGAGAAGGUAGAGAAGGGCCACGCCCGAGGAAAGACUGUGGUGGAAAUCAGCAAAGGGGGAUCUUGAUGUUUAAAAUGGACUCUCAACAGGAAUGUGUAUGUGUGUAUGUGUUUGAACAAUCAUGACACUAACUACUUGAAAAUAAGUGAAAUGCUGCAGCUUGCGCUACUUUUUUCAUAGCAGAAGACACAAAACCUUAAGCAGGGCUACUGUGUUUGUUGCUACUGCAGUGUGACAUUUGGACAAAGAGAUAAGGAAAUGGGUCUGGAAAAUACACUUUUUUU